UUGAAGCAUUUACCACUCAAGCACCGAUAUUCAUAAUAAUACCAAUUUAAAUUGCUCACAGGGAACUUACACAGGCUUCAAACUAGCAGUCCAUACCCCUGAUGAAGUUGCCUGGACGGACGAUCGUUUCUACCGCUUGGACAAAUUGACUACGCUCAUGCUCGAUUUAAGCCCCAAAGUGACCAGAGCCUCUAAAAAGCUCAGAAACCUGUCACCAUUCCGAAGAAAUUGUUACUUUUCCGAUGAACGAUCACUUCGCUUCUUCAAACUGUACAACCAAAUCAACUGCGUCGCGGAAUGUAUUUCCAACUACACGUUGACAAAGUGUGGCUGCGUUAAGUUUUCGAUGCCUCGGGCGACCAAUACCAAGGUCUGCGAUGCCAGUAAGAUCGAUUGCUAUCAGAAUUCUUUUCUAGCGCUGUAUGAAAUGAUGGUAAGGGCCAACCUAGCUGGUGUAAAAUUUCACAGCUGUAACUGUAUGCCGUCGUGUAGCUCCGUGGAUUACGGAGUGGCGAUAUCCCACGAUGUGUUCAAUUAUCACGAUUUUCCCGUGGAGUUGGAUUUCGCAACUAAUGGGUAUGUAUAUGAAGGAGUAGAAGUAGAUGAUACAAUUCAAUUUAUUUUGCAGAGUCGACCCCAGUUUGGUGAUGGUUUCCUUCAAAGAUCGCAACUACGCGUCCAGCUGAGACGAGAAAUGUUGGGAAUCAAUCAGGCCAUAGCGGAGCUCGGAGGUUUGUUUACACUUCUGUUGGGUGCCAGCAUGUUAAGUUUGGCAGAAAUUGUGUACUACUGUUGCAUUCGUUGGUUGAGGCGAGAACGACCUAAGCGAAUCAAGAUUGUUGGAGCGUACGUUCCACCGAGUCGCGGUCAUCGAAUCCAGGUGCGCGUGGACCCUUGGGCCAAACGUCAACGGGUAUCACAUUGA